AUGAAAGCUCAACAUCAAAUAAAGUUUGGAAGGAAGCGCAGUGGCACCCCACGGGAGAAGAAUGACGCCAAGGUAGCGCGAAACGUUGAUUCGGUUGACGUAACUGGCGCGCAAGUCGUGGUCGGUGAGCGAGAGCUGAAAUUUGCUCGCGCGCUGUCGGACACGGAAAAGGAGGUGCGUGAUGCAUCCCUGGAAUCCCUCCGAACAUGGCUAUCCGAAAACACACAGUCGCUCGCGGAUACAGAGAUAGACAGGCUGUGGAAGGCUCUCUUCUACUGCGUGUGGAUGGCAGACAAGAGACCGGUGAUCACGGCUACUAUUGCUUCCGUGGUUGACCUUGCUGAUAUCGUUGGGACGAAAUUCUUGGAAGGCCUUUUUAGAUGCCUUGUCAGAGAGUGGUUUGGGAUAGACAAACAUCGCGUUGACAAGUACUACGAGCUCAUAAACGUCGCGCUGGUGAAGAGCACAGAAGGGCUUGUAGCGGCAGACACAGAUGAAAAGUUUCUGGAAGAGACUGCAGUCCUUCUGAAAAUGCUUGAUGAAGCAGUCUGGAGUCGUGUCCCAAAAGCUGGGCUUGGUGUGGCGUUGCACGUUUUGGAUGUAUAUCGGGACAAGGUCAUGCGCCCGGUAUUGAUACGAGCCGCCAAACUUUCUGGGAAUGAAGUGCACAAAGUUUUCGACUCCUUGCUUGAACAAUUGUACGCCAAGAUGGGAUCUUCCGGAGAACAUUCUGUAGCAGUUGGGAAUCGUAUUCAGGAGAGAGUGUUUAAAGGUCUCAUUCCGUUCGUCGGGGACAAGGACGUGCUCCUUACGCCCAAAGACCGACGCGAUAUGAUGAUGAGAGCAUCGAAGCGUAUUUUCGCUAUCGCUGCGGACAAGAAGACAUCAGAUGAGCUUCGGAAAGAUUUAUACGCCGUGCGUGCGGAACUCAAAACUUAUGUCACACUGUACGACGAAGCUAAAGAGGCUGGACGGUCUAACGGGAAAACGAAUGGCCGGAACAAGAAGGAUAAGUCUGGCAGGCGCUCAAAGGCUAGAAAGGCAGACAAGUAGCGGUGAAGCUGCGGGAGAUGAGAACGGUAAGCGGGAGAGGGACGAAUGUUCUGGCAGCGGUGAGGUCGCAUUUUGACGUUUUGAGGACAGGUAGGUUAUCUGGCGUGUGCCGUAAUUGGGGAUGAAAGUAGAACUUCUCGUUUGACAAAAUCGCCCUACCUGGAUUUCAGGACAUCCUGCACUUACCACUGAAGCAUUUGUCGAUGAUUAGAUACCGGUACUGGCGCCUUACGCGACGUCCAAAGAUAUCGUUGUUGUAUAAAUACGUUUUGAGCUGCUACGUUAUCC